AUGAAAAAUAAAGAAAAUUGUACUAUUGAAAUAAUAGAAGAUAAUAUCAUUGAUGAAGAUGAUAAAGGCAUAGAAAUCAUCGAUGAUCCAAAAAAAUGGUCGCAAAAAAAGAAAUUAAUAAUUUUAAUAUUGCUUUGUUUUUUAAAUAUGAUUGGACCAUUAGCAAAUUCUGUUCUUUACCCGGCACUGCUUAAUAUUCUUGCAGACCUAAGAAUCGAUAAUGAAACAUAUGUAAAUGCAUUGAACAUGAGAUCUACCAGACGUAACGUGUUUCUUAUUGCUCUUCUAUUAUUACUGAUAUCGAGUAUAAUAUGUGCAAUAUCAAAUAGUAUAGAAUUAUUAUUGGCCAUGAGAGCAUUACAAGCAUGUGGAUCUUCGGUUGCUCAAAGUGUAGGCGCGGGAUGUAUAAGUGAUUUGUAUAUACCAUCAGAACGCGGGAAACAUUAUGGAGUGUUUUAUAUUGGAUUUUUUGUUGGUGUUUUGAUUGGACCAAUCGUUGGCGGAUCAAUAGCACUAAAUUUUGGAUGGAGGUGGAUUUUCUGGUUCCUGUCAAUUUUCUCUGGAGUUUUGUUUAUUUUCGUAUUGAUUUUUUUUUCUGAAACAUUUCGUAAAGAAAAAUCUGCAUCUUCAGCAAAAAUUAGUUUCAAUCCAUUUGUAGCAUUCAAGUUAUUGAAAUCCAAGAAUGCUAAUGUCGUGUACAAUAGAUUAACCAAAAAGAAUAACAAUGUUUCUUAUCCUGAACUUAGAAUCCAUUCAGGUUGGGCAGUUUCAUUAUCAACUCAAUUGAUAUUAAGUCCACAGGAGACUUAUCUAGUAGAUUCAUAUCCAGAAUCCAGCGCAUCAAUAGUCGCCUUAAAUAAAUUAUUUGCAUUUAUUUCAGCUGGGGUAAUGUCUGUGCUAAUAUUACCAAUGGCCAAUGCUUUGGGUAUAGGAUGGUCAUUAACUAUAUUGGCUUCUUUUAAUGUCUUUAGCAUUGGUUUAUUAAUCAUCAUUUGUUUAAAAGGAAAAGAAUGGAGAGAAAAUUAUCAAAUUUCUUAA